UUGCAGGUGGUUUUCUAAUAAAUUAAAGUGUGCGCUUGCAACAUGAAAUCAAAAGAAAGGAAGCGAACUCGAAGCCCCUGUUUCUCCUUCUCCGUCGUAUUGAACUCAUUAACAAAAAUAAAAUUUAGCGGCAGGCACGUCUUUCCGUAUUUACCCAGCACCUGCACCAGCACCAGCACCAGCACCAGCACACCGCCUUCAGUCUAUCUCCUCCCCAACAACAAUAGUAAGUCAAUAACAAGAACAAGGAGUUCUAUAGAAUUACAAGUGAUCAUCUCAGAUCUGAUAACUCUCCCUCAGCUUCGUCCACGAUUCUGCUCUCCAGAAUUCCAAAAUUCGUUGCUAUGGCCGACGAGGAGGACAAGAAAGGCGUCACCCAAGACUCAAACGAUACCACUUCUACUUCCGAUGCUACUAAGAACAAGACCAAACGGGCGGGCAUCUUCUCACGGAUUUGGAACGUCUUUCGUUUACAUGGCGACGAUUUUGAGAAGCGACUCCAGUAUAUAUCCAAGGAAGAAGCAUCGGUUCUCUCCAGAAUCAAACGAAGAUCGCGUACUAAGACCAGGAUCACUCGCAACCUUAUUAUCUUCUCCGUCCUUUUUGAGGUAGUUGCAGUCGGUUAUGCAAUCAUGACAACAAGAUCCAUGGAUCUCGAUUGGAAGAUGAGGGCAUUUCGAGUUUUGCCUAUGUUUCUUUUGCCUGCUUUAUCAUCACUUAUCUAUUCAGCAUUUCUGAGCUUUGCUAGAAUGUGUGAUCGCAGGGACCAGAAAACUCUGGAAAAACUUCGAGCUGAAAGGCAAGCAAAAAUUGACGAACUUAAAGAGAGGACAAAUUAUUAUACCACGCAACAGCUUAUUCAGAGAUAUGAUCCUGAUCCAGCUGCAAAGGCAGCUGCUGCAACGAUCUUGGCAUCUAAGCUUGGUGCAGAUUCUGGGUUGAAAGUGUAUGUGGGAGAUGAAUCUAAGCUUAAUGUCCCAACAGCAAAGAGUAAUGAUGUAGAAGUUGUGCAGUCGUCUACUGGCCUUCGAAAACGGAAGCAAUUGCACACUCGAACCAGUAGCACUGGGAGCACUUCAUCACAUAAUUCUGAAGAAGCAACACUUCGUCCUUUUAGUAGUGAGGUUGCGGGAGCUUCUGAGCAUAACCACCUGGUUGUUGUUGAUCAUUACAAUUCUCAGGGAUCUACAGCACAAGACAGCGGAUGGAUUGCUCGAAUUGCUGCGCUACUCGUGGGAGAGGAUCCGACGCAGUCAUAUGCUCUUAUUUGUGGUAACUGUCAUAUGCACAAUGGGCUUGCAAGAAAGGAGGAUUUCCCCUACAUAACUUAUUACUGCCCACAUUGUCAUGCUCUGAAUAGGCCAAAAAACUUGGAAGAGCGUAUGUCAGGUUCUAAUUCUCCUAAUAUGACCUCAUUGAGAACAGCAGGGGAUUCAGAUUUGAGUAGUACUCCCGAUGGUUCUGCAAUUGAAAGUGUAAUCACCAGCAAGGGCUCUGUAAAAUCUGGUCCAGAGAUCGAAGAAGUAAAUGAAAGGGAAGCAUCAGGGGAGCUGGUUAGUUAGAAGACGGGUUUUAUGGAGAGAUUUAUGUUUAGUAAGCGUGGCCCCUUGGUACUUUUUUGUGGUUCUCUCGGCCUUUUGUCUCAUCUUUAGGUUUGGCACACCUUGGUGGUGGGAGCAGAAAUAGCUCCGCAACUUGGUGCCCAGCAGUGUAUCAUAGGUUGCGUUGCUGUUGUGAUGGCGCAAUUUGUUCCCUUGUUCGAUUUUCCCCUUUCUUCUUUAACCUCUAUUUCUCGGUUUGGAUCUUGGGGCCAUUGCUUAUUUUUAGGGAACUGUGAAGUUAGUGUGGGAGAAAAAGAAAAUUUACAUGUAUUUCACAGAAUCCACGUAAUUUGUUCAUUUAUAUAUUUAUGUGUUGCUUGUAUUGUAUUCAUUUUUUAAAAGAAUUGAAGGACUUCCUUUUGACCUGA